CACUCAGGAUGGCGGAGGCAUCAGGAACCAGCAGUCUAUUGACCGUGAUCAUAACGACUUCGGUGACACCGUCUGCGCCUUCAACAGAACUGGUCUCAUCGGUACUAGAGUCAUUCAACCGUCACUGCCCGAGCUUGGCUGACUGUAGGAUCAUCGUUGUAUUCGACAACUACGACCAAGUCGUCCCUUCAGCGCGUCUAAAAAAGGGCUACGUUACUUCUGAACAAGCCGCAGACUUUGAUCUCUACAAAGAUAAUGUCAAACAGCUGGUGCUAAAACGGCAUUGCGAGGGCAAAGAGCCGGUUGUUUUCACGCAGGAAUUAGCGGAGGCAGAGUAUGGCAGCCCUCAUAAGCCUGAAAAUGUUGUACACUACACUACGACGCAGACACAAGACAAGAAAGUGACGUUCAUAGAGCCGUCGAGACGCUUUGGCUUUGGUCUGGCUGUCCGUUCGGCAUUGAGAAUGACUGAGACUCCAUAUGUUUGGAUCCAGCAGCACGACUGGGUUUUGGUCUCCGAUUUUCCCAUUGAUCCUCUCUUGCAGAUCAUGAGAGCUUCCGAGUUAGAUCCGGACGUCCCCAUGAAGUAUGUCUGCCUCCCUGCAGUGCGCAUGCUAUCAUACGCCACAUCUCCCGACGUUGUCAAAUUCCCGGCUCUCAGGCAGUUGACGGCCUCACUCAGAGGCAGCUACAGUCCUGCAUCAGACACAAACAUCAAAAUUCCAUUGACACCACUCUUCUUUUGGCACGAUAAGCCGCACAUUGCGUCCACUGCACAUUAUUUAACGCGCGUUUUCCCUACGCGUCUGGCCAUGCUUCGCGGGGACUUUAUUGAAGACAAGAUCGGGCAGCGAGCUAGGGCACAAAUGAAGGAAGGACUCUGGACGAAGUGGGCGACUUGGCUAUACUAUCCUGAUGAGGGAAAAGAGUUAUGUCUGAGGCAUUUAAAAGGACGGACUUGGCGAGGGACGGAAGGGGAGGCUGGAAAUGUCGCCAUGUGGCGACAAAGACACGACGAAAAGAGACCGCAGGUCACUGAAGAGUCUUCUAUUGAAGUGGAGAUUUAUGGAGGCGAGCCUGAGUGCGUCCUAGGCAACGAUGCUGUCGAAACUUGAUCUGGCUGGUGUUACCAAAGUGGAACCUCAGGUGCCUCGUCGGUGAACAUCCAGCU